AUGCCUCACUUCCGGGAGUCAUCUUCAAGCUCGUCGACCACGGGUAUCGAUCUCGAUCCACAUAAUUCCAAUCAACGCAUCGUGAGCGACGAUGAAUAUGCAGCUCUUUCGCCAGACGAGCCACUAUUGAGCGAGCAGCUUGAGCCUAUCGCAGUUGUGGGAAUGGGCAAGUUCUAUCGCUUCCUCGAUAUGCGCCUGUGUUGCUGA